CUAAAUCUAUCAGACUCUGUUUGGAGCUCACUAAAAAGGCCGUUUUUCUCUCUCACUCUCUGUGAUUUUGCAAGCUAAGAAGAACAAAAGCUUAAACCAUGGCAAUGCUUGUUCUUCUCUUGCUCUCAUCUCUAGCGGUUCUGAGCCCUCCAUCGGAGGCAAGGCUCUAUAACAACUACUACGCUAGGAAAUGCCCCAGCUUCAACAAGAUCAUUCAGGAUACCAUCACCAACAAGCAGAUCACCAACCCCAGCACCGCCGCCGCCACUCUCCGCCUCUUCCUUCAUGACUGUUUCGUCACCGGCUGCGAUGCAUCUACCCUCAUCACCUCCACCCCUUUCAACACCGCCGAGCGAGAUGCCGACAUCAACUUGUCUCUCCCCGGAGACGCCUUCGAUGUCGUCGUCAGAGCCAAGACUCAGCUCGAGCUCACCUGCCCCGGCGUCGUUUCAUGUGCCGACAUUCUCGCCGCUGCGACCCGCGACCUGGUCACCAUGGUCGGUGGUCCUUAUUACAACGUCGGUUUGGGCCGCAGAGACGGCCAAGUCUCCAAAGCUUCCCUUGUUGAAGGCAAUCUACCUAGGCCCACCAUGUCCAUGGACCAAAUCAUUCAAAUCUUCGCAUCGAGGGGUUUCUCCGUCCAAGAAAUGGUGGCUUUGAGCGGUGCUCACACCAUUGGGUUCUCGCACUGUAAGGAAUUCAUCUCCGGGAUCUAUAACUACAGCAAAACAGAACAGACCGAUCCGCAAUACAACCCGAGAUUCGCAACCGGCUUGAAGAGUGCCUGUGCUGAUUACCCGAAGAACCCAACAUUGUCGGUUUUCAACGACAUAAUGACUCCGAACAAGUUCGACAACUUAUAUUUCCAGAACCUGCCAAGGGGUUUGGGUGUACUGAAAUCCGAUCACGGCCUCAACAAUGACCCGAGGACGAAGCCGUUUGUGGGGUUGUACGCCAGCAAUCAGACCGAGUUCUUUCAGGCAUUUACUCGAGCAAUGGAGAAGCUCAGCCUCUACGGAAUCAAAACCGGAAGGCAAGGAGAGAUUAGGCGCAGGUGCGAUGCGUUUAAUUAAAAAUUAAAUAUAUUUAAUUUAUAUUAAAAGAAGAAAAAAGAAAAAGGAACCAAUUCAAAAGAGUUAAAAUGUUUAUUUUGACUUUGUCUUUUGAGUGGUUAGCUAGUGCCUAGUGUUGGUGAUGGUGAUUGGUUAUGGGAGAGAGUGAGGAUGGAGGGCGAUUGCCCUACUUGUUUGGGUUUGUUGGGUAAUUUGCCUUUUUUAUGUAUACAUGUUUUGUAUCAGCCGGGAUAUUUGUUAAACCUUCAAUAUACAUAUUUUUAUUUCUUUA